CGUGUUUCCAUAGUUCAAUGAAUUUCGAGAUAGCAAUCCGGUUACUCGCGUAUUUAAACUGGCUGUGCACCAGUGGUCUCCAACUUGCGUUUCAAUUUCAUUUCGGUUGACGUCUCCUCACAAAUUUGUCGGCUUUCAAGAACAGCAUUCCACCCAUCUCGCCGAUCUAACGAUCCCGUUGCAUUCCCGUUGGCACCAUUAUCACCCCAGCCUCAACGGAAAGGGUUUAUCUAUUCGUAUUGCGGGAACUCCUUUAUCACUUCUAGUACAAGCUCUUCGUGGGGACACAACGCCCCCACUGCUGAUAUGGCCGAAACAGAAACUUUUUAACAUGCUUACUCCCGAAUCUGAAUUGUCCCCAUCAUUUGAGCCAAGCUCGUGAACUACUCUGCUUUGGAAUCUCUCAUUAUCUUCGUCCAAAUAUUCCAAAGUCGUUUUGACGAAAGAGAACACAAAAAUGGAUUGCCGAAAAUCGAACAGCAAUCACAACCUUUCAGAAUUAGGCAUGAAAAGUGAAAAAAGGAAACAGCUAACCUUAACCCUCGGGUCCUCGGAUGGAGUAAGGCGGCCGUUCCCAUCAAGCACCAGUGAUUAUCAACUACAUCAGUUGCCGAAAAGUAGUCAGUUUUGUAACAUUGAUGAAGAUAGGUUCACACAUUCCAGCUCUUCAAGACAAAAAUCAAUGCCCAGGCUCAAACCUUUUAAUUCAGACGUGAUCACUGACCCGUCCAAGGAUCGGUUCAAGAUUUGCCAAAACAUGCAGUCGUCCGGGAAGUUGCAAGUGUCACCAGAUUCGGUUUAUGACUUUACCUCAGAUGACCUACAAGACUUUGGUGAGAUAGGACGAGGCGGUUUUGGAACGGUUAACAAAAUGGUUCACCGGAAAAGUGAAACUUUAAUGGCUGUCAAGAGAAUUAGGUCAACUGUAGAUGAGAAAGAACAAAAACAGCUGCUCAUGGAUCUAGAUGUCGUGAUGAUGUCUAACGAAUGUCCGUAUAUCGUCCAGUUUUACGGAGCUUUAUUUAAAGAGGGUGAUUGUUGGAUUUGUAUGGAAUUGAUGGAUAUUUCUUUAGAUAAAUUCUACAAAUUUAUUUAUGAAAAAAUGAUGCAGAGAAUACCCGAAAACAUUUUAGGAAAAAUUACUGUCGCAACUGUGAAGGCUUUGAAUUACUUGAAAGAGAAACUGAAAAUAAUCCACAGAGAUGUGAAACCAAGCAAUAUUCUGUUGGACCGGCGUGGGAACGUCAAAUUAUGUGAUUUCGGUAUUUCAGGGCAACUAGUCGAUUCCAUCGCCAAAACCAGGGAUGCUGGAUGUAGACCUUACAUGGCUCCUGAGAGGAUAGAUCCGUACCGAGCAAGAGGCUAUGAUGUCCGUUCAGACGUAUGGUCAUUGGGCAUAACUUUGAUGGAGGUAGCCACUGGUCACUUUCCGUACCCCAAGUGGAACUCCGCAUUUGAGCAGCUCUGCCAAGUCGUGCAAGGUGAUCCGCCCAAGCUGACAACCAACUACGAUGGGAAUACUUUUUCGCAAGAGUUUGUCAACUUCAUCAAUACUUGUUUAAUCAAGGACGAACAACAGCGACCGAAAUACAACAAAUUGCUGGAGCACCCGUUUGUGAAACGCAGUGAUAGUGCCAUUGUUGAUGUUGCUCAGUACGUAAGCCAAGUUCUGGAUAACAUGGCCAACGCAGGGGCCUCCAUCUACACGAUGGACCAGCCCUGAUUUUGACUGUUUUAUUUUCUAUUAAUUUUUUUGCAUUCGCUAUUCUUUUUGGUCUCUUUGUUGAUUUUAUCUUUUAUGUUUUCCUGUAUAAUCAAUUUGCUGAUGAUUUUAGGAUCUUGUAUUAUAUUUGUAUAGUAGAUUGUUGCCAAUAAACUCAUUUUACCAAAACGCUUA